GAAUUUGCAUUAAGAGCCACAGUUUGUUCCGGGUAAAAGAAAAGACAGUAAAGUUUUAUUCGUUUUUGCACAGUAUUGAACUGCAAAAUUUAGAUGGGUAUCAGAAUAAAAUUACAACGCUAAAAUUUAAAAAUGGUUGUGAAUUUGAAAGUCAUUAAUUGUUUAACGUCCGAAUAUUUGGUCACCGUUCAAGUUAAGUCGUUAUCAUCGUCAUCAUCUGAUGGUGAUGAAGGUCACGUGUUGCAAAUUAAGACAAUAAAAGGAACAGAUGGGGAAGUGCCGAUUGGCAAGAGUGAAGGAAUUCCAAAACAUGCACUGAUGGCUCAUAAAUUUGACAUAUCGAAAACCGGGGGAGGAUUACAGAUUUUGGUGGCGUGGCCGAAAGAGAGAAAAUUCACUGAAUGGAGAUUGAUUCCAAAAGAAGAUUCGGAAAAUUGCGCGUGCAACUAUUUUGUAAGCACGGAAGGAAUAUUUGUCCAAGGAAGCAUGGAUGGGAGCAGUACGGAUGGGACGCCAAGUAAAGGUGCAGGUUGGAGGAAAGUAAAGAAAAUUGAUGAAAUUCGUGGUAGUUCUGGAAAAAUGAUGGAAAUUGUUUGUACAGCCGUGGAAUAAAUAAUACCAAAGGUGUUUUAAGAAGAUUGUUGUCAUACUCUGACAUACAUAAGUUACAUGAAAAUUCCAAGUAUGUAUGCAUAUCAUGCGUUUGAUAAUUGAGUCGCGUUGACAAUGCUUCAUUGAAUGACAGAAUUGCCUGAAAAUUAAAUGUAAUUCGUCCAUAUGUACUUAAAGUACGUAUGUACCUAGGCGAAAUACGUCUCUAUUAAGUAAAUAACUAUAUUAUAAAUAAUCACAAUAAUUAUUUGAUUAUUAUCUAAAGAGUUCAUUUUACAAUAUAUGUUGAUGAACUUUCUAAUUUGUUAAUUAAUCAAGAAUUUCAGGAUCACAGUAAUGAAAUACGUUACUUAUUUAAUUUUGAAGCAAAUCAAGAGGAGUUAUGAAUGUGUUGCGUAUAAUUUAUUUAUUUAUAUGGUGUGAUCUUGUAAAAAAUAAAAGGUAAACAUGCGUCUCAUACGUGUUUGUAAAUACUACAUACUUUCACCAAUUGAUAAAAAUUGUAAAACAUGCCAAUCGAGUUAUUGAAAUGAGAUUAUUGACUUCAUCAAUUAUCGGUCGGUACAUUUUCCUGAAGCCCAAACAGUUUAGUGGAUUUUUUGAUAGACACAAAAAAUCCGUAAUUAAUAAUUUGAACUUGCACAUGUAAUUUUAUUUCUUAGUAUACAACGCAUUCUUUAAAUAGUCGCAUCUUCAGCAAAAACUGAAACGAAUAUACCUUUACAUGUCAAGGACUUUGUAUACUAAUAAAUUUCAGAUGUGUAAUCAAUAUACAACUGUGCAUUAUCUCUUCACAUGGCAUGUCAAGUGCCGUGUUAAAGUCAAAUCUUGUCCGGUUUUAAAGAUGCAUCUGUAAAAGCGGGCAGGAUUUCACUUUAAGUUUGAAAAAGAGGACUUUGACCGUUAUGAAGGCGGUUACUCAUUAAUAAAAAUUCUUCAGUCUAUAACUUCGAAAUUUUGUAUUAAGUACUAAUUCAUGUUGAUCAAUUUUCCUCGAGUAUUCAAAUUUAAUUACUCAAAAAAUACUUUAAUAGAACACAAUAAGUAGGCAUUAUAGAUAUCGUAAAACAAUGUACAUAACCGUAACCUUGAAAUAAAGUGACGCUCAUUUUCACACAAUUAAA